AUGCCGGCCCAGAGCUAUGCCUACGAUCUGGAGUCAGAGGAAGAGGAAGAAGCGGCCGCUCCAGAUCAGCAAUUGAUGGAAAUAGACGAGCAGGGCCCCUCCAAUGCCGUCAUCCUCCAUGAAGACAAACAGUACUAUCCGACCGCGCAGCAGGUCUACGGCGCAGAAGUGGAGACGUUGGUAGAAGAAGAAGAUGCACAGCCGUUGACCCAGCCGAUUAUUGCUCCGAUACAACAGAAGAAAUUUGCCGUCCAGGAAGCGGAUUUGCCCCCGGUGUUUUAUUCGCGCGAGUUCAUGACAGACAUGCUGAAUUUCCCGGGACAAAUACGAAAUAUCGCUCUCGUGGGGCAUAUCCAUCAUGGGAAAACCGCGUUCAUGGACACCCUCGUGAUGGAAACACACGACCUUGCUGUGAAACUAGACCGAAGAACGGGGAAAGCAAAAGAUGAACAGCUACGAUAUACAGAUGUGCACCUUCUUGAACGAGAGAGAGGUUUGUCCAUAAAAUCUGCACCAAUGAGUUUAGUAUUGCAGGGUACAAAAGGAAAAUCCUACUUGUUUAACGUCCUCGAUACUCCCGGCCACGUCAAUUUCGUGGACGAAGUGGCGGCUUCGCUUAGAUUGGUUGACGGUGUGGUCCUUGUUGUGGAUGUGGUGGAAGGUGUUCAGAUCAACACAGAACAGAUCAUUAAAUACGCCGUCCUUGAAGAUCUCCCCCUCACGCUGGUCGUGAAUAAGAUGGAUCGCCUAAUCCUCGAGCUUAAACUAAAUCCGACUGACGCUUAUUUCAAGCUCAAACAUGUGAUUGAAGAAGUCAACACUGUCAUUGAAAAGACAUUGCCUGGGCAGGGAGAAAAACGAAGGUUGAGCCCUGAGAAGGGUAAUGUUGCAUUCGCAUGUACGGCCAUGAACUGGUGCUUUACCCUUCAGUCAUUCGCGAAGAUGUAUGCCGAUACAUUCUCCAAAGUUGACAUCUCAGAGUUUGCCGUUCGCCUAUGGGGAGACAUUUUCUUCAGCCCUAAAAGCAGAAAAUUCACAAGAAAGGGGGUAGAGGAAACCUCCGAACGCUCCUUCGUACAUUUUGUCUUAGAGCCUAUUUACAAAAUUUUUUCCCAUACGAUCAGUGAGAGUCCAGAAGAUCUGAAGGAUACCCUUGCUACGCUUGGGAUUAGCUUAAAGCCCUCGCAGCUGAAGUCGGAUGCAAGAGUCCUCCUGAAGCUGGUGUGCGAGCAAUUCUUUGGGCCCGUGGGAGGAUUUGUGGACAUGAUCGUGGAUCACAUCCCGUCUCCAGUAGAAGGGGCACCCAAGCUUCUUGAGAAGUAUUACACAGGCCCUCUUGACACAAAGAUUGCCGCCGGGAUGUUAUCUUGUGAUCAGGACGGCCAGCUUGUUGUUCAUAUCACGAAGUUAUUUAAUACCCCCGAUGCAGCUGGGUUCUAUGCUUUUGGGAGAAUUAUGAGCGGCACGGCCCGUCCAGGCCAGCAAGUCAGGGUGCUAGGACAAGGAUAUACUGUCGAUGAUGAAGAAGAUAUGGUCGUGUCUACGAUUGCAGACACAUUUAUUGCUGAAUCUCGCUACAAUAUAUACACGAGCGGCGUUCCCGCCGGAAAUUGGGUGCUCUUAAGUGGCAUAGACAAUUCAAUUGUCAAAACAGCUACGCUCGUUCCCCUACGCCUUGAAGAUGAUGAAGAUGCUUACAUCUUCAAACCUAUCCGGCAUAUGACCGAAUCUGUGUUUAAGGUGGCCGUUGAGCCUAUUAACCCUUCUGAGCUCCCCAAGAUGUUGGAAGGACUACGAAAAAUAAACAAAAGCUACCCCCUCAUCUCUACAAAAGUUGAAGAAUCUGGUGAACAUAUUGUUCUUGGGACAGGUGAGCUCUAUAUGGAUUGUGUGCUCCAUGACCUCCGUCGACUAUACGCCGAAAUGGAGCUCAAGGUUUCAGAUCCGGUAACACGAUUUUGUGAAACUGUCGUUGAGACAUCUGCCAUUAUGUGCUAUGCAAUGACACCGAAUAAGAAGAAUAAAAUCACCAUGGUUGCUGAACCCUUGGACGAUGGCAUCGCUGAAGAUAUAGAAGCCGGACACGUUCGCAUUCGGGACCCUACAAGGAAGGUUGCUAGAUUUUUCGAGGAAAAAUAUGACUGGGACAAGUUGGCCGCUCGGAGUAUCUGGGCAUUUGGACCAGAUGAAAUGGGACCAAAUAUACUCCAGGACGAUACUCUACCAUCUCAAGUCGACAAAAAGCUGCUUGGUACGGUAAGAGAUUCUAUCCGUCAAGGGUUUAGCUGGGGCACCCGUGAAGGCCCUCUAUGUGAAGAACCCAUUCGAAACACCAAAUUCCGCCUCACAGAUAUCACACUUGCCGAUCAAGCCAUCUUCCGUGGCGGUGGCCAGAUCAUUCCCACAACGCGAAGAGCCAUUUACUCCUCCUUCCUCUUGGCCUCUCCACGCCUCAUGGAACCGAUCUAUACAUGCUCCAUGAUAGGCCCGGCUGACUCGGUUGCAUCUAUAUACACUGUACUCUCCCGGCGUCGGGGGCAUGUUCUCACUGAUGGUCCUAUUGCAGGCACUCCCCUCUAUUCUGUUCGUGGAUUAAUACCAGUGAUUGAUUCCUUUGGCUUUGAAACGGAUCUUAGGAUCCAUACACAGGGCCAGGCGACGGUAUCUCUAGUAUUUGACAAGUGGAGCGUGGUUCCUGGUGACCCGUUGGAUAGAGAGGUGAAACUGCGGCCUCUAGAGAUGGCUAGUGCGAUGGCGACGGCGAGAGAUUUUGUGCUAAAAACAAGACGGCGGAAAGGUUUGGCAGAGGACGUUACUGUUAGUAAAUUCUUAGAGCCGGAGUUGUGGAAGGGCUUGAAGGAGAGUGGAGUUCUUGGUGAAGGGUGAACCUGGGUCUAAACACGGCAUAUAUGUGCAUGUAUUAUAAUAUGAGCAACUGGUGAUUUGAAAUCAAGCCAUUGAAUAAAUAGCUAUUUACAGAUCCUGU